GAGGUGUUAUACCCAAUUAUCUGCAUACAAUCGAUUCCACAUUAUAUCCUUACCCAUAUUAUCGUCACGGCCUACCGAAGAAGCUUCUUUUCACCGCACUGCCUCUACGUUCUUGAAGAUGACAACAAUAUUGAAGUUGAUGCGACAAGUGCUAUAGACAUGCACUAUGAGUACGACACAUCUGCCUUUCACGGGAAAUCUAUUGGGGAUGUCGCUUGUCUUCUUCGAGAAAGGGUAGCUGGAAACAAAGUAGCCUCAAACGUGUUCUACAUCGCGGACGACCAGACAAUCAAGGAUUAUAGCUUACUCCUGGUUCAAGUCCAACCCAGAGAGAAGGCCCAAUCCUUUAUUAGUGUUCGACUCGCAUGUGAAUUUAUAAACCGAAUGGCGAGGUUUGUCUCUCAUCCUGAAUACUCAACAUCAAUUCAGGAUAUUCAGAACGAUGUCGAUGAUGAUGGCGUGUAUCGGGGUGGUAGGAAGGACCCUUACACAUAUUGUGGGACACGGACUGUCUAUCUUGAUCAACAAGGCGCGUUACAAUAGAG